AUGCCGGAGUCGACGGUGGCGGUGACCCUCUCGGUGUACAGCGGCCGGAGGCUGGCGGCCAGAGGCGGCCGGAGGAUGACGGCCGAGGCCGCCGAGAUCCUGGUCUCCUACACCAUCACCGCACAGGUGGGCUCCUCAGGGGGUGGAGGCGUUAUAAGCCAGAGCGCCUUCGAAAGCAUUGUGGACACCCUGGAGAGCACCACUGCCGACAACUUCGUGGCGGACUUCAACACGCAGCUUCAGGGCACUGGGUCGGCUUCUACCUUCUCGGCAGUGGCGGCGGUGCCGAACUCGGAAACGGCCCCGACGACCACGGAUCAGACCCCAAGGCCGGUAAAUUCUGGCGCCUACGCAGCAUUCCCGCAGGCGCUACUGCUGGCUACCGUCUGCAGGCUGCUGUUCUGA